AAAGACUGGAAUAAAUUCAUUAAGAGUACGCUUGUAUGGAGCAUAGGAUAUUCACGAUUUUGGACUAGUGUUGUUUUCUACUCCUUGUUGUUAUGGUUCGUCAAGUUUCUAACCUUUCGGAGUUUGAUAGAGUCCUAAAAGAGGCAGCAAGUAAGCUAGUCGUUGUUGACUUUUUUGCACAAUGGUGUGGACCUUGUCACUUUGUCGCACCUUUCAUUGACAACUUUGCAACCAAAUAUCCCCAAGUGGUCUUUGUAAAGAUUGACGUGGACCAAGCCUCAGAUGUUGCUUCAUCUUGUGGUAUCUCUGCCAUGCCAACUUUUCAUUUUUAUAAAAAUAGUAAAAAGGUAGACGAACUAGUUGGUGCUGAUCCCAAUACUUUGGAGAAUCUCAUAAAGAAACAUAUGAGUAGUGUCGAAUCAACUGAGGGUUACGUUUUAGGUCGUGGAGAAUCCAGCAACACGAUCAACUGGAACAUGGGUCGAACUCAGCAGUCGGCAAAUGGGGAAAGAUCUUCGUCAAACGUGGUCAAACCACUUUAUAAUGAGGAGUAUUUGAAGCAACUAUUGGAAAUGGGAUUUCCUGAAGUUAGAGCAAAGAGAGCGUUGCUCAGAACCAAACACGAAUCUGUUGAAACUGCUAUGAACUGGUUAUUUGAACAUAUGGAGGAUCCAGAUAUUGACCAUCCUUUGGAAGAAGAGGAAGCGGCUAUGAAAGAAACACUCAAGGGUUCUUCUCUUUCGGAAGAAGAAAAAAGAGCUCGAGCACAAGAGGCAUUGGAAAGGGUUCGGAAGAAGAGACAAGAAGAGGAGAAGAAAGCUGAAAUAGAGAAAGAGAGAAACCGUAUGAAAACUGGUAAAGAGUUGGCAGAGGCGAAGGCGGCACUUGAAGAACAAAAAAGGAAAGCUCACGUUGAAAAAUUACAAAAAGAGAAAAUAGAAGCUCAAAAGGAAAGAGAAAGAUUACGUGAAUUACUUCGUCAAGACCGACAGGAAAGAUUGGCUCGUAGUGGAAAUAAUUCAGCGUCAUAUUCUGAGACACAACAACAAAAUACAAAGCCUAAUGUGAACUCAGGUGCUAGUCAGUCAACAGGUCACCAAGGUCCUGGAGUUGUACAGCUACGUUUUCCUGAUGGAAGUAAAAUUGAAAGUGAGUUUGAGCCUCACAUGAAGUUGCGAGAAGUUGCUGAUUUUGUGGCGAAGAAUCGACCUGAUAUUCCUCGUUUUUCUUUAGCACAGACUUAUCCGAGGAAAGUGUUUACAGAAACAGAACUGGAUUCUUUAAGUUUGCAAGAUGCACAACUUAUUCCUCGAGGUUUAUUAUUGGUGAAUCGAAAGUAAUCCGAAUGUCAUUGUUUCUUAUAAACAAAUGUAAUUUUCUGUUCUAUUUUCUCGUCGGCACAUUUCCAUUGAUUGAUUGGUGCGCAUUUCAUACGGAAAUAACCAUAUUUCAUAAAAAUAUAGCCUCUCGUCAGUGUCUCACCUUUUU